CGGAGCCCCGCCUCGGCCGCGGCGCGGGGAGCCUCGGUUAGGAUUUGACUAUGGCAGUGCAGUUCCUGCGGAAGGCAUCUGUGUGGUUAAAGAAGCGCAAGAUCACUUUGUUGGCCGUUUCUUGCAUGGGACUGUUUGGCACUAACCUUUCCUAUCAUCUGUUUCCUGAGCAGACAUUCAAACGGUUGCAUGAGUGCUGGUCAGAGGGGCAGCCAGCUGAGCUUUCACAGAAGCUCUGUGGUGUCUUUCAGGAUGUCCUUCAAGAUACUGAUGUGAAAUCCACUGACUCCUAUCGAGCCUUUGCAGCUUCUGGCUUUCACCCUGUGAGCGCUGGAAUCCCCUGGCUGCCUGCAGGCUCUCUGGUGGGCAUCCCGCCUAAUUUUGAUAGCACAGCUGAGGAUAAAAAAGGAAUAGUCAACCAUGUUGUUGUGAUCAAUGGCAAGGAAGUAGACUGGGAGAGCAAUGAAGGUGUUGCUUUGAAAGAAGCUCUGACAUUUUCACUUGAAGCUCAGAAGUUUGCCAUUGCCAGAGAAGUUGCGUAUUUGCAGAACAGCAGCCCUUUAGCAAGUGCAGUUGUGGCUCCAACUUGCUUAGCUGGUACAUUUCUCUGUGGGAGAGGUAUAAAGGUACUUCUGGGGUUAUCUCCUGGCCCGAUGAUACUUCGCAGCAUCUGUAACCUCAUAACUGCUGCUGGUGGACUAAUGUGCUAUUAUGUUUCUUACGAUGCUAUGACCUAUCAUCUAGACUGCAAGGCUGACAGAAAGGCAGCUACUGUUUCCAAAGACUACGCCAGAGGUGGGGUUGAAUUUUAUGAUAAAAUCUUGUCCCGCAACAGGAUUCUUCGUGGUCUGAUGGGCAAACAAGGGAUGAAAAUGUAUGCCCCGAGUGGUAACCUUUUCCCAAGGCACUGGUUCAGAAUAAAGUAUACCCCAUACACUUACCGAAGAGAUUUGAUUAUUAAUAUUUUAAGAGAGCUCCAGGCAUAGGAAGGGAGUGCUUGAAUUUUAAA